AUGAAGUCUCCCGUCCUCCUCACUUUCAUAUUGGCCCUUCUAGUUACGUUCGCAACUCCUUUGGCGGUCCCGCAAGAAAAUUCCCUCGAGAGACGAGGGCCAUACGAUAACGCAUGCCCACCCGUAAAAACAAUCUCAGGAUGGAUGCGUUACGCGAAAAACUGGGAUGGUUCCAAAGCCGUCUUCUGGACCGCUGAUUCGGAUGCCAACGACGCGAAGGAUUUCGCCAGGCAUAUCUGCGGAACAUAUUACUACGACCUCAUGGACGACAUGCAGUGGGUCCAAUGGGAAGUUGUAUGCACCAACCAGGACGAGAAGGCAAAGCUCAUCCCACGCGCUUCCCAGGCGAUGGCAAUGGCCACGAAGGACACCGCCUUUAUCAUGAUCCAGGAAGGGGCCUUUCACGAUAGACCAUCGUCGACGUGGUGGAACAUUGAAUAUCCUAUCCUGCUGGAGAACAAAGUGAAGGUCAUUGCCGUGAAUCCUCGGGAGCCUGGCAGGUUUGAGCAAAGGGAGUAUAAUCCAGGAGAAAGUCCUCCUUCAGUCAAGAUAAUCUGA